AUGGCGAGCGCAAUUCUGGAUUUUCCCAAUCUGCCCGCAGCGGUUCAGCAACAAAUAUUGAACGGCCCGUCAUUGAUGCCGCCAAAGGGUGUUAUCCCCAACUUCACAAACCCUUCGAAUAGAAAUCGUGAGGCCAUCAUAGUUGGUGCUGUCUGCUUAGCCCUCUCGACAGCAGCGACUCUUGGUCGCAUAUACUCACGAAUCUUCAUUACGAAAAAGGUAGAAUUACAAGAUUAUCUCGGUCUAAUUGCAUACGUAGCAUUCGUACUUCUGACUUGGGUCUUCUAUGAUUUCUUGCAUAGAAGCGGAUUCUAUGUUCAUCAGUGGGAUAUAGUCUAUAAAACAAUGCCUGAAAUAGCCAAGAUCCUCACAUUUGGACUCACUAUAAGCUAUUCCGCCGCUCUACUCUUCGCAAAGACGGCCAUAUUGAUUGAGUGGGUGCAGAUAUUCUCGCCUCAUCGUACCCACGCCUUCUUCUACUGCUCCGCCAUAACGUGUCUCCCACACGAGAGCAUUUGGCAGCCAUGGGUCAAAGGUAAAUGCAUCGACCGCAAAGCUCUUGGUGUAUUCACAGCCAUCUUCAAUGUCAUCAUGGACUUGCUUAUAUUGCUUCUUCCACAACGUAUAAUUUGGACUUUGCGAAUGACAAUGGCACGAAAGAUUGGUAUCUCCUUGGUCUUCUCUGUUGGAGUACUGGCUAUAGUAUGUGCGGCAGGCAGAGUCGCUGUAACAUUUGGCAUUGAAUACGAUGGUGACGCGACAUACACCGUAUCUCCCAUCUUGAUGUGGACUCUUCCCGAGGUUACAUGUGUGCUACUGAUCUUCUGCCUACCUGUUAUUCCUAAGAUAUUUACCGAGCGAGGCCCCUUAUUCAGUAUGAUUUUAUACGCACGCUCCUGGACUCGUAUAUCAACCAGAGGAAAUCAAAAACCUUCCAAGUCUGGAGAAGGUAGGAACGAAUGGUCCAACGGUGCUGGUUUGCAACAUGGAGCUGGUCCAAAUGAAAGUGGCCAAUCUACAAGCAUAACUGAACUGAAACUUAUCAGAAGCGAGUCCCGCAAAAGUGAUGCGCACUCGCUCGAUGAGCAGCCACCACCGAUACCAAAACCUCAUCAACCUUCACAUGGGACAAUUAUUAUGACCACUGAGGUUGAACAACGAGAUUGUGCGGCUUUGAAGUCCUCGGGCGACAGCUUAGUUGAGCGUCAACACCCGUGGAUGAAUACCUCCCAUUAA